UUUUUUUUUACUUACUUACUUACGACCCUUCUACUCACUCCCUCUCUUAACAACAAACUCUCACGCAAUUCGAUCCCUUGCCCACCCGGGUUAUUCAUCCUGUCCCUCCUUUAACCCUGGGCUGUUCUAUUAGCGACCGCACGAAACGAAACGAAUGAACGAACGGACCUUGUCCAUCCAUUCUCCUCCUCGAUCACGCUGACGACGUCGACCAAGCUUUCAACGAGCUCAACUACAUUCGCCAAACUCGACGACGACAGCUCUUUACCGAACCCGAUCUCGUAUGUAGAAACGAAUUACACUGCGCCGCUCCGCUCCCUUCCUUCGAUAUUCGCCGGGAAUGAUAUCUCCGUCUUGGUCUGAACCUUGUCCUUCCUCCGCCGAACUGCCUCUGCUUUCACCGAGGAGGCAUAACCCAGCUUGUCACGACCAAAUCAGAGCAUCAUUGAGUUAGAGAGCGCCUGAGAGAUAAUGCCCGAGCGGCAGUACCACGCCAAUGGCCGCGCCGCCGUGGCCUCCCGCGAACGACCCUAUACACCAGGAACGCCCUCACGAAAAGACAAGAUACGAGAAAGCUCUGCCCUUCAAGAUCCAGGGCUCAAGGACUACCGUUUAGGUGAAUGCCUCGGAAAAGGUGCUUUUGGAUCUGUGUACAAGGCUUUUAACUGGGGAAAUGGCGAGGCGGUUGCUGUGAAGCAGAUCAAGCUCGCAGAUCUUCCCAAGAGCGAGUUGCGCAUGAUCGAGAGUGAAAUCGAUCUGCUCAAGAAUCUUCAUCAUGAUAACAUUGUCAAGUACAUUGGCUUUGUCAAGUCCGUUGACGCCCUCAACAUUAUCCUAGAAUACUGCGAGAAUGGUUCUCUGCACUCAAUAUGCAAGGCAUAUGGCAAGUUCCCCGAAAAUCUGGUUGGGGUCUACAUGACGCAGGUCCUGCAGGGACUUCAAUACCUCCACGACCAGGGUGUCAUACAUAGAGAUAUCAAAGGCGCCAACAUUCUCACCACAAAAGACGGCACGGUCAAGCUCGCAGACUUCGGCGUUUCAACCAGCACCCUUGCUGGUGGUCAGGAUAAGGAGGCACAGGUUGUCGGCACACCAUAUUGGAUGGCCCCUGAGAUCAUUCAGCUUUCUGGAGCAAGUUCCGCAUCGGAUAUCUGGAGUGUUGGCUGCACUGUUAUCGAGCUUCUUCAAGGGAAACCGCCCUAUCACAACUUGGCUGCUAUGCCUGCUCUGUUCGCAAUUGUCAACGACGAUCACCCCCCACUGCCUGAAGGCAUCUCCGCUGCCGCCCGUGAUUUUCUCAUGCAAUGUUUCCAAAAAGACCCCAAUCUUCGUGUCACUGCCCGAAAACUACUUCGUCAUGCCUGGAUUACAGGUUGUCGCCGAACUGAAGCACCUGUAUCAAAAACACCAGCCAAUUUCAGCGAUGCCGUGGAGGAAGUGAAGCAAUGGAACAAAGCUCUAAAAUCCUCCGGGCCAAGACUUCGACAAUCGACUGGCUCUGAUGCCGGGCCUUCGUCAAGAUUUCUUGGUGGAACUCCUGCCAAGGGAGGUCUAUCACUUGCAAAACUACGUCCUGGUGCAGGAGCUUUCAGUAAGCCUGAACUAGCUGAUGAUGACAACUGGGACGAUGAUUUUGCGACAGCUAUUUCACCAAGCGCAUUACAACUACCACACCUCAAGCCACAAGACAACUUCGGCGGUCUAUUAUCGAGUGAUCGCCUCAAAGCCUUUGCUUCAGUGAAUGAUGGAAGAAAUGACAGUAAUUCGUACGAUGACGACUUUGAGGGCGAGUUGAUGACGAUAAAGGGGCUAGGCCACUGGCAAGACAUCGAUCCACAAGAGCAGACAAUCAGACCAUUGCCGAAGAAGUCCACGAAAUCCUCAGAACCUGUGAAAACGCACAGUCGAAAUAAAUCGAGCUCAAGUAAGGUCGCUGGCGCAGGCCGGACCAGAUCGCCCACGAAAUCAAAUCUCAAUAACAAGUUCGAGCUUCCACCAAGACCAGAUAUUAUCUACCGGGAACAAAGUAUGGAAGACUUCUCAGAUCUCUUUGUGGAUAACGACAACGUCUUCACCCACAAUGUGAAUCAAGCUGUCAGAAGAAACUCACGACAGGCUGAUGCACCACAACUCUUUCACCCAUCCGAUCUUACAUCAUUACCGAGGUCAAUGCAGGAAUCUGGCUCUGGUAAUAUGAAGAAGAAGCCUUUGUCUCGACCGUCAGUUCUUCCCGACAGGCCAAUGCGACGGACACGAUCAUCAAUAGAAAUCCAGAAAUUCGCAGAAGAUGACGACGAAGAUUUUAGCGAUGUUUUCGGACCUGAAUCAUCAAUAGCGGAGAAGGAGGAGAGCGAAAAGGGAUCCGAGGAUGGCGGUUUGAUGCUCAUGUCUCGUGUGUCGAGCAAUUCCUGGUUAGGGGACGACGAAGACGAAGAUGAUCCCUUCGCAUCGAUGGAUCCAGGAUGGGAUGAGAUGGAUCUGGAGGCCAACAUUGCCAGAGACCGACAUGCCAGAUUAGCAGAGAGGGUAGAGGACUUGGUGAGAUCUCUCAAAACGACUGAGGGUGAGGAUGCCCUGGCUGAGUUCUCGGAAGAUUUGCUUGCCUUACUUUGGGAGAACAAUGAGGUGAAGAAUCUAAUCAUCAGCGCUCAUGGAUUGUUACCGAUUCUUGAAAUUUUGGAGCCUUGUACUGUCAAAAGCAGGCAAUACAUGAUCCUGCAGCUCCUCAAGGUCGUCAACGCAAUCAUCCUGGACGACGUUGAAAUUCAAGAAAACUUAUGUUUCGUUGGUGGCAUACCCAUCAUUACCAAGUUUGCUGCACGACAAUACUCAGAUGAGAUUCGCCUGGAAGCAGCUGCUUUUGUCCGUCAGAUGUAUCAAACAUCGACAUUGACCCUCCAGAUGUUUGUAUCUGCGGGUGGUCUGAACGUGCUGGUCGAGUUCCUCGACGAGGAUUACGACGUUACUCGAGACCUUGUUCUUAUUGGGGUCAACGGUAUCUGGAACGUAUUUGAGCUUCAAGGACCAACCCCCAAGAACGACUUUUGCAGAAUCUUCUCACGAAGCAAGAUUCUAUAUCCGUUGGCACUUGUCUUGCACCGAGUCCUUGAUGAAGAGGGCGAGGACGAGCUUGGUGAGCUAGUGGAAGGACGAAUCGUCAACAUUUUCUAUCUCUUCAGUCAAGCAGAGAACUACGUCAAGGAGGUCGUAGCAGAUCGGCAAGUACUGAAGAGUGUACUAAAAGAUCUACGGCGCAUGACGCCAAUACAUCAGAUCACAAUGCUCAAGUUCAUCAAGAACCUUUCGAUGCUUUCGACAACGAUUGAGUCGCUGCACUCAGCCGAUGCUAUCGAAUUCUUGAUUGACCUUCUGAGUUACAGCAUGAAGAAGGGCCAAACACAUUUUCGCGAAAUAUCUAAUCAGGUUCUCAACACAUUAUUUAACCUCUGCCGCCUGAGCAAGGAACGCCAGGAGGACGCUGCUGUUGGUGGUAUUAUUCCUCUACUCCUGAGAAUCAUGCAGACCGACCGGCCCCCGAAAGAGUUUGCCCUCCCAAUACUCUGUGAUAUGGCGCACUCAGGGUCCAAGGGCCGCAGAUACUUGUGGCAGAACAAGGGUCUCAACUUUUACGUAUCAUUACUUACAGACCAGUACUGGCAGGUUACUGCGCUCGAUGCCAUCUUGGUCUGGCUGCAGGAGGAAACAGCUAAUGUAGAGACUCAUCUUGCUGAUGGUAACUUCACACGAGCGAUUAUUAGUUGCUUUAGUACCAAUAGGGUGAACGCCUUUGAUUCCAACUUAUUGGAACCACUACUCAAACUGCUACGCCUCAGCCCGUCAGUUGCGGCCUCGCUGGCGAAGCCCGAAAUGUUUGCAGGCAUUGCGCAGCGUUUGACUCACAAGAAGGCGGUUGUGCGACUUAACCUCCUGAGAUUAGUGAGGACUAUCAUGGAUGCUUGUGAGCCUGGCUUGGGCAGUGGCGAUGGAACGAGAUCCCUCAACAGCUCUCAAGUGCGAUCUCUCAUGGCUGCCAUUCAGACUCUAUCAGAGAAGGACUCGGCUGUCCUCGUGCGAAACCUCGCGUCCGAACUGGUGCGGUCCAACAUCGAGCCAAGCGGAAGAUCCGGCGAGGGUGCGUCCAGUGCUGUACCAAGUUCAUCAUCAUCCAGAAGACCAGGAUCCCGACGGGGUGCAAGCUAUACACCCCCUGGCUUACACUCGUCGGCAUCAGUUCCGCAGACACCUACGCAUAGGAGCCGUGGUAGUCUUGCGAGUAAUACUUAUAUCGAAGUAGCAGCGAGUCCGCGUCGAACAGCUGCUGUCGAACGAGAACGAGAGGGAGCACUAUACAGGCCCCGGAGUAGGGAUGGGCCAACAGGUAUCCCCCGACGUGUCAGCGGCGAAUUUGUAUCUGCAAAGAGUCGGCUCCCUCGGACUUCGCUGGCUACGUCGAGUAGCUCCAGAUCAGCCAUUGGGAUCAGUGCCAACGGCAACAGUCCAGCCCUCAGCUCCCGCAGCGAUAUUACUAUGAGUGCCCGAAGCGAUAGCAGCUUGAGCAAUAAGGAGAACGUAGGCCGCGCGCCGAGCAGUCGCGAUGGACUCAGAAGCAGAGAUGGGUUGAGCAGUAGAGAUGGAUUGAGUAGUAGAGACGGGCUCGGCAGUAGAGAUGGCAGCAUGGCAUCUCCAGGGUUACCGGAGGUAGCAGAACGAGUGGGCAUAAGUAAGAGACGGAGUCGAAUGCCUGGAGAGCCCAAAUGGACAUGACGAAUUAAGAGGCAACGACGGGAUGGAGAUGAGAGAUGAGAGAUGAGCGGAAUGCAUGAAGAGCACGAUAUGAUACUUCAGGGGCUGUACAUGAUAGACAUGAGAAUGGACAAAGACGCAGUGAAACUGCGAUUGCAUGAGAAACAAACAAACAAGAGAAAAGACCAUAAAUAAAUGAAAGAAGAGAUCAUGAAGCAAUUCACUUUGUCAAUACUACCCUAC